AUGAGUUCACACACCUAAAGCCGAAUUUGCAUCUAAUUUGAGAUCUGAAACAAACUCCAAAUAUCAUAUCAAAAAUGGAGUAUGAAGGAAUUCUGUUGGGUAUGGGCAAUCCAUUGCUCGAUAUCUCAGCUGUUAUCGAUCAAGAUUUCCUAAACAAGUAUGACAUCAAGAUGAACAAUGCUAUUCUUGCUGAGGAUAAGCACUUGCCUAUGUAUGAAGAAAUGACAUCCAAGUAUACUGUUGACUUCAUUGCUGGAGGUGCAACUCAAAAUUCAAUCAGAGUAGCUCAGUGGAUGCUUCAAAUUCCUGGCGCAACUAGUUACAUGGGCUCUAUCGGGAAGGACAAGUUUGGGGAGGAGAUGAAGAAAAACGCGCUAGAUGCUGGUGUUAAUGUUCACUACUAUGAGGAUGAGAGUCCAACUGGUACUUGUGCUGUCUGUGUGCUUGACGGCGAAAGGUCACUGGUUGCAAACUUAUCAGCUGCAAACUGUUACAAGGUUGACCAUUUGAAACGCCCAGAGAACUGGGCUUUGGUGGAGAAGGCCAAGUAUUAUUACAUCGCUGGAUUCUUUCUCACUGUUUCUCCAGAAUCUAUUCAGCUGGUUGCUGAACAUGCAGCUGCUAAGAACAAGGUUUUCUCAAUGAACCUUUCAGCUCCAUUUAUCUGUGAGUUCUUCAAGGAUCAGCAAGAGAAAGUCCUGCCGUAUAUGGACUUUGUCUUUGGUAAUGAAACGGAAGCAAGAACCUUCUCUAGAGUUCAUGGCUGGGAGACUGAUAAUGUUGAAGAAAUAGCUUUGAAGAUCUCCCAAUGGCCAAAGGCAUCAGGAACUCGCAAGAGAAUCACUGUCAUUACCCAGGGUGCUGAUCCAGUUGUUGUGGCUGAGGAUGGGAAGGUGAAGCAGUUCCCCGUAAUUCUAUUGCCAAAAGAGAAACUUGUCGACACCAAUGGUGCUGGGGAUGCAUUUGUUGGAGGUUUCCUUGCACAAUUGGUCCAAGAAAAAGCUAUUGCAGAUUGUGUAAAAGCAGGAUGUUAUGCAUCAAAUGUCAUCAUCCAGAGGCCUGGUUGCACAUACCCCGAGAAGCCCGAUUUUUGAAUGAGGGCUUGCCAUUUUCUUACUCCAGUAAUAUUUUCUGCUUCUUUUUUAGUAUUUUUGAUUGCUUGAGUUAUGCCUGUUGCGAAUGGUAUCCUAAUUCUUAUCUCAUAUAUUGUAAGGGAUUUUAUUAUGUUUGUUCUCCAUCAUUUGAGAAUGUAAUUUUGUUUUAGUGCAAUUACGAUGGUUCUAUCUGUAGUUUUUCAUUCGUAAUAAGAAAGUUUGUUUCA